UCCCCACCUGCUGACGCCUCUGAUGUUAUGCCAGACAACCCUGCAUAGAAGAAAUUUUCACUGAAAACGUUGUGGGGAGGAAUUGUUUUCUUUGCAAAACCCUCUGGGACGAUUCGGGACAAUUUACAAAAAAAUCGCUUGAGGAAUGUGCAAAGUUUUCGGUAAAUAACUCUUACUUUUUAGUCAGACCCAUUUAAUUGCGAAUUAUGUCGUCCAUUAUAACGCGCAAGGAUGGCGACGCCAACGACCAAAAAUUGGCAAGAAAGCGCGCCGGCGAUGGAGGCGUCGUCGAAGCGACCAAGAAAUCCCGCUUCGACGUCAAGGAGAAGAAUGGCGGCGAUGAAACCCCAACUGCAACUGCAGCCACGUCCUCGCUUAGUUCAAAGGAGAUCAAGAUGAUGAUGGUGAACGCCCAGCGUGAGAUCGAGGAGCGCAAGCGAGCACUCAGUAAUCUUCGGGACAAGGACCCCCUCCUAGCGUCGGUGCCUCAGAUCGGCAUGCCCGUGGCUCUUGCCACGCAGGCUUUGGCCAAAAGGCCGACCCCGGAGGACUCGGAAAAGGCCAGGAAGAUAGCUGAGCUGCAGGCGCAGAUUCGCGCCAAACUGACUGGCAACCUAGCUAGUCUGAUCCAGCCCUCAGUAGCGGCGGCGGCAGCAGCUGCGGCUCAAGCACAGGAACGACCCAAGCCUCUGAUCCUAGACGAAGAAGGACGGACGGUGGACAAGAGCGGUCGUGCCAUUAAUAUACCAACUGUAACGCCAACCCUAAAGGCUAACAUCCGGGCCAAGAAACGAGAGGUGUUUCAGAGGACGACGGGAGUCGGCGAGCGAGGUGGCGAGGCAACCAGCUCGGCGCAGGAUGAAGCAAUCAAGUACUUCGACGAUAGGAUAGCACAGAAGCCAACGGUGCGCACCAAGAGAACGUUGCGCUUCCAUGAGCCUGGCAAGUUUCAGCAGCUGGCGGAGCGGAUGCGCAUGAAGAGCCAGCUGGAAAGGCUUCAGAACGAGAUUUCGCAAAUAGCCAGAAAAACUGGAAUCUCAUCGGCCACCAAAUUGGCGCUCAUUGCUCCCAAGCAGGAUAUGCCGGAUGAUGUUCCCGCCAUGGAGUGGUGGGACUCGGUUAUAUUAACCCAAGACCUCGAGACUCUGGAUGAGGCGAGCGGUAAGAUAAGCAUACGACAGACGGCCAUAAGCAAUCUUAUUGAGCACCCCACUCAGAUGAAGCCGCCAAAUGAACCCUUGAAGCCUGUCUAUUUGCCGGUAUUCCUCACCAAAAAGGAGCGGAAGAAGCUGCGUCGCCAGAACCGUCGUGAGGCCUGGAAGGAGGAACAGGAAAAGAUUCGAUUGGGUCUGGUGGCACCGCCUGAGCCCAAGCUUCGCAUAUCGAAUCUUAUGCGUGUGCUUGGCUCAGAGGCCGUCCAAGAUCCAACGAAGAUGGAACAGCACGUGAGGGAGCAGAUGGCCAAGCGACAGAAAGCCCACGAGGACGCCAACAAUGCUCGAAAGCUGACCAGCGAGCAAAAGAGUGAAAAGAAGCAACGGAAACUGCGCGAAGAUACCAGCUGCGGUGUACAUGUGAGCGUGUAUCGGAUUCGCGACUUACAGGACAACCAAAGUAAGAAGUUCAAGGUGGAGACGAAUGCCAAGCAGCUGCAGAUGACCGGCAGCGUGGCCCUGUUCCGUGACUGCUGCGUUGUGGUUGUGGAGGGUGGUCCUAAGCAACAGAAAAAGUACCGUCGGCUCAUGCUGCACCGUAUCAAGUGGGAAGAGGAUAUCGCCAAGGGUAACGAUGGCCAGGACGUGCCCAACUCGUGUGUGCUCGUCUGGGAGGGCACCAGUCAGCGACGACACUUUGGCGAGAUCAAGUUCAAGAUCUUUCCCAUGGAAAAGAUGGCCCGUGAAUUCUUCCAGAAGCAUCAAGUGGAACACUACUGGGACCUCGCAUAUUCCGGAGCCGUACUGGAAGCCUCUACCGACCAGCAGUAGGGUCCAAGCUGUUGUGACCGAAAGCAUUUUAGGAAAUUAAGACUAAAAAUUAGAGAUCAAAAACUUAACUUUGGAUAGCGAAACAAGUCUGAAAUCUACUGUCGUUUGGAGCGCUACGCAUUUGUUAUCUGUGUCGGAAUCAUUUAAAGACUUUCGAAGUGCAAAAUUAUAAAUAAAAGUUAUUUCAGGAUUCCUAA